UGGGCCUUCAUCCCAAAGACCGAGCCGAUCUUAGCCCGAUAAGGGUAUUUCAGGAAAUAGACAGAAAACUAUCCGUUUUAAUAGAACGUAAGAAGCGCCGGCUUAGCAGAACGGUCCGAAUACUUGAACACAAACCCAGAGAAAGGAAAGAAAAAUGUCAAACCUUGAAAACCCUAGAAAAUGGCGGUUCACAUGGGAAGCACAAACUCACUCUCCGAACCUCCGUUUAUUCCUCUUCGAUUCUCAAACAAAACCUUCGCUUCAAUGCAAGAACCUCGAAGUUCAACUCAAUCUCUCUCAAUCUCAACUUUUCGUUUCGUGGCUUAAAGUGGAGGGGAAGGAGGAGGUGUCGGUGAGGGUUCCGAUUCCUAGAGUCUUGAUCGAUUCUGAAUCUCCGGUGAGUUUGAGAGCUUUGGAUGAUCACAUUGAGGUCAAGCUCGUUUUGCUUCUUCCUGUUGAUCAUCCUAUUGUUUCCAGCUUUGAUUCGGUGUUGAAUACGUCUGAAAAUGGCGAUGACGCGGUUGAAUUGGAUGCAGCAAAGCCGCUGGUGAUGGGUACUGAUUUGAAGAGCCUGUCAUCAAUGGAAGAAGGAGUGCACUUCUAUUGUAGAAAUUGCUCAACUAGGCUGACUAAAAGUCCUCUUAGAAAUUUUUUGGAAAUGCCAUCGAUUGACUGGCGAGAGGUGGCUGAUAAUUGGUUUGGAGCUUGCUGUUGUUCAUUUGGGGGUAUAAGUGAGAAGCUGGUGACUAGAUUUGCGAAGUCCUUUACAUGUACUAAGGGUUUGUGCCUCUUAAACUUUACAACUGUUCUCCUUUGCAAGGAUGACCUGGAGGCCUGUAAACUUUAUAAUGGAACUCAAGAAUACCAGCCUGGACCAGAUUUUGCUAGUGGCUAUGGUUUGAGUGAAGAUAUGUUAACUUCUCAAGAGAGAAUGAAUGAUCUAUGUGAGAAGUUCGGCUCUGUUCAUAUUAAGAAUGAUAGCAGUAAUACAAAUGUGCUAGUUACUACUGAGGAAGCCAAUGUUCAAGAAAGUUUUUCUGCAUUACCUGUAUCAGAUAUCUCUGAAACUGAGACAUCAGUGCCAGGUUGUUGUGUUCAUACAGAUCACAUACAAAAGCAUGUUGAUGACGGUAGCCAUCACGAUGUUUCUGAAACUUAUCCAGUGGACCAAAACACUUCAAGGCUCUUGGCUAAUCAGAAAUUGUUCCUUAAUGGCUUUCUUGGAAAUGCUUUUAUGGCUAAAUCCUACAAUCUCUCAAUGGAUAUUGACUGGAUGGAAUUUGUAUGCCCUAACUGUUUAUCACUUCUUGGAGCUUAUCCUUUUGAUAACGAUGGUGCACACAUAGAUGGUGGAGUUCGACUCUUUAAAUGCUACAUUUCCACUUGUUCAUCAGGUGGUGGAUCAGGGGAUUUAUUCAGGAAAUAUAGCUUGGAAAGAAUGUUCACAAAUCAGCUACUGGAAAAUGCAAAAGAUGAAUUAUCAUUUCGAACUUUGGUUAGAGAUUUAAAAACCAAGUCUCCCUUGUUGCAAAUUGUUCUGUUAAAUCCAAAUUCUUGGUGCUGUUCUGGUUAUUGUUUGGACACAGCCAGUUCAACAGACUCUAGUCCAAAGUUAAAUUUACUCCCUAUUAUCAAGGUGCUCUUUUCUGACUUUGGUGAACGUACAGCAUCUCAGUUAAGGAUAUGUGAAGAUUGGAUAACAAGAAAUUUAGCUGAUGUAGUUUGCAUGUUUGCACGGCAAGUAGAUGAGUUGAUUCAAUCUCUAGCAUCAGCAAAAGAUAUACUUCCGCCUUCAUAUAACUUUCUCCAGGGUUUGCCUCUUUCAUCCUUGCAGCAGUAGGAGUGAUAUUUGUUUAAUAAUUUUGAUCAAUAGGAUCCUAACUUGAAACCAGAUAUAUGCAUUUUAACUCUUGUUAAUACAAAUGACAGAAAUCAGAAGAGAUUAUGGUAGUCAGAACAUUUCGAUACGACAGGCUAAACUUAUUAAAUGCAUCUCUCUUCCCAUUCCAAUUGUUGAUAGAUGAUAUUUAAAUGAGAAUUUUGUAUUAAUAUCUCGUCCUUAUGGAAUUUUAGCUUUGCAUCUUGAAAGCAAAAUCAGGUGCCUAUUGUUUCUGUUUGGUUUGCUUCAAGCAGGUUAACAUGGUUUGGAAUCAUUCCAAAUCUUUUUGCUAACAAUAACGUGGCCUACACAUAAUUC